AACUUAAGAGAAGGGGGAACACACGGCAGGGAGGGGAAAAAGAGGGCGGGAGUGGAGGGAGCGAGCUGAAGGGCUGGGGUGCCGGCAUGGUGGGAGGAUGGAAGAAGUAGCCGUGAAACAGGGCUUCCUGUACCUUCUACAGCAGCAGACUUUCGGAAAGAAAUGGCGCCGGUUUGGGGCUGUGCUCUAUGGAGAGUCGGACUGCGCCCUGGCCCGGCUGGAGCUCCAGGAGGGCCCAGAGAAGCCACGCCGGGGAGAGGCUGCCAGGAGGGUGAUCCGCCUCAGUGACUGCCUACGUGUGGCUGAGGCCAGCGGGGAGGCCAGCAGCCCCCGGGACACCAGCGCCUUCUUCCUGGAGACCAAGGAGCGCCAGUACCAGCUGGCAGCCCCCGCCUCAGAGCGCAGUGACUGGAUCCAGGCCAUCUGCCUCUUGGCCUUCCCUGGCCAGAGGAAGGAGCUGCUGGGGCCCACGGGGAAGGGCAGCCGGCCCCGCAUGGAGGAGAAUGAACUGUACAGCAGCACGACCGCAGUAGCCCCCCGCAAGGAGUUUGUUGUGACCAUGAGACCCACAGAAGCCAGUGAGAGGUGCCGGCUCAGAGGAUCCUACACCCUCCGGGCUGGGGAGACAGCCCUGGAGCUGUGGGGUGGCCAUGAGCUGGGCAGCAAGCUGUAUGAGUGGCCCUACAGGUUUCUGAGGCGCUUUGGGCGGGACAAGGUAACCUUUUCUUUCGAGGCAGGCCGGCGCUGCAUCUCUGGAGAGGGCAACUUUGAGUUCGAAACCCGGCAAGGCAACGAGAUCUUCUCGGCCCUGGAGGAAGCCAUUUCUGCCCAGAAGAACAGCGCACAUCCUGGGCCGCAAUCCCAGCCAGCCACAGUCCCUGCGGUGUUCCCCCGGCCAGAAAGCCCCUACUCCCGGCCCCACGACUCCCUGCCACCUCCCUCGCCCUCCACUCCAGUGCCCUCUGCCCGGCCGCGGGGCCCGGAGGGGGAAUAUGCUGUGCCCUUUGAUGCAGUGGCCCGUAACCUUGGGAAGAGCUUGAGGGGCGUCCUGGCGGUCCCUCCCCACGUCCCUGCGGACCCCCUAUAUGACAGCAUUGAGGAGCACCUCCCCCCACGACCCGACCACAUAUAUGAUGAGCCUGAGGGAGUGGCUGCCCUGUCCCUGUAUGACAGCCCACAGGAGCCCCAGGGAGAGGCCUGGAGGAGGCAGGCCACAGCUGACAGGGACCGCGGCCUCCAGAGAGGGCAGGACCUCUCUGCCGCUGGCUGGCCACAGGGAACUGAGUAUGACAACGUCAUACUUAAGAAAGGCCCAAAGUGAUGGGGGAGAAGGCACGGACUAUCAAAUACGGGUGCUGAAGCCUGUGGGUGCUGAAGACUACCCGUCCUUACUGGGGGUGGGGUCAGAGGCCGGUGAGAAGGAGGGGGAGGAGGCUGGUGGCAGGCCUCCCUUCUAGUUUCUGCUGGUUACUCCUCCUGGUCGCUGCAUUCCAGGAACUUCCUUCUGUUCCUUCCGGAACCCUGGGCUUGGCCUGCCUUGGUCUGGUCUGAGGAAUUGUCCCUCCCAGGGCCUGCUGCAUGAGUCACCAUCCCAGUGCAGGAAGAAUGCCUAAAAGGGACGCACCCUCCGCCUACCCCUUUCCACUUCCUCUUCUUUCUUUCCCUGGCCUAAAGGAACCUUGGGCAUUUAGGGCAGAGGACAAAAGGAUGUCAGCAAAUUGCCCUGGUUCCUUGGCUGGUGCAAGCCUCCUGCCUGCUGGGGAUAGCCCUGGCUCCAGGCACUCUGGAGGACGGCUUGUAGCUUUCUGUAGGUUUUGGACUUCUCUGUGGCAUUAAACAUUUCUGGAAUA